UCUUCUUCUUCCAAAUUUGCGGUGGUGAUUGAAUUAGUUAAGCAUCAUCAAUGGCAUUGUGCGGACCGAGCCACCAGCUCGCUUUAAUCUCCGGCAACGGGCAACAGAGAACAAGAUCACAUAGCAGAACCAAAAGAGGAUUCAUAAAAUUUCAGGCAUCGACGAGCUCUGAAGCGGCGGUGUUCGAGGAGGGGCAAUUAGAGCGGCCCAAUUGGUCUGGACAGACCCCUUUGUCUCGCCUUGUCGGUGCUCUCAUUUCCUUCAAACCCCUCUAUUCCAUUCUUAAGCUCGGCGCCAGACAAGUUUUAAUCAGUACAGCGGAGAAGAAGAACAUUCCAUGGCGAAACCUGACUUCCGAUAUUUUGGAGUCAGACGUUUAUAAGGAACUCGAGAGUGUUCAAAAUCCCUCCAUUGUCUAUCCUGAUUAUUACCUAAAGCCUUUCCAUGCAUAUGACGAGGGUAAUCUCUCAUGGCUUGCUGCAGCAGAAGUACAGCCCGCAACCAUGUCGAUGAUUAUGCGAGCGGUACCGAAUGCCUCUUCGGUAGAUGAAGCGAAGGAAAUAGUAUUUGGAAAUUGGCUUCGUAGGAUUGAAGAGCAUCAUCUGAAGUAUUCAGGAAACCCUAUUCUAGACAUUCUUGACAUUGGUUGUUCAAUAGGUUUUGGUACAAGGCAACUGGCUGAUAAGUUUCCAACAGCUAAAGUAACAGGACUUGAUUUGUCUCCUUACUUCCUUGCUGUGGCUCAAUACAUGGACAAGAAAAAAGCUCCAAGAAAGAAUGCAAUAAGAUGGUUGCAUGGAAAUGGAGAAGACACUAGCUUGCCUUCAAGAUCUUUUGACUUACUUUCCAUUUCUUAUGUGUUCCAUGAAUGUCCCCAUGUAGCAAUAGUGAACAUCCUCAAGGAAUCAUUUCGAGUUCUUCGGCCUGGUGGCACAAUUGUAAUCACUGACCAAGCGUCUAAAUCAAAGGUUGUUCAGGAAUUGUCCCCAGUACUUUUUACCUUAUUAAAAAGCACAGAACCUCAUCUAGAUGAGUAUCACCUUACUGAUUUGGAAGAAAAGAUGAGAGAAGUUGGCUUUGUGAAUGUGACAUCAAGACUCACAGACCCAAGACAUGUUACAAUAACAGCAACAGUUCCACUUUUCAUUUUGAUUUUCUCAAAUCCAUCUUUCAUUUCAAGGAAUUGUUUUUUUCGUGUUUCUCUGAUCUCGAUUUUGAUCUCACGAUCUCUCGGAUCUCCUUCUUAUUUCUCCAUGGAGGAGGAGCAGCAGAAGAAGGCGAAGGAUCAAGAACUCUUAGUGGAUCACGAAGAGAAUGAAGCAAUUGAGCUUGUUCUAUUUCAAGUUUCUGAAUGUUAUGUCUAUUUGAUACCGCCAAGAAAAAGUGCGGCUUCCUACAGGGCUGAUGAAUGGGAUGUGAAUAAAUGGGCCUGGGAGGGAAAACUAAAAGUCCUUAGUAAGGGAGAAGAAUGCAUUAUCAGACUUGAAGAUAAGACCACAGGUGAAUUAUAUGCCCGGGCAUUCUUGAGAGAUGGAGAACAGCAUCCAGUUGAACCUGUAAUUGAUAGCAGCAGAUAUUUUGUUCUUCGCGUAGAAGAGAAUAUUGAUGGUCGCCUCCGGCAUGCAUUUAUUGGCAUAGGAUUUCGAGAAAGAACGGAGGCUUAUGACUUCCAAGCAGCUUUGCACGAUCAUAUGAAAUAUCUCAACAAAAAGAAGAGUGCAGAAGAGAUGGAACAACAGUUUCAGAAUACAUCCUCAGUUGAUUACAGUCUGAAAGACGGCGAGACUAUAGUUCUUCAAUUAAAAAGCAACAAAAGCACUAGCAACGUCAAGAAGUCUUCUGAUCUGGAUCAUGUGAAAAUUUCUUCAUCUGAAGAAGGCAACACAAAAAAAGAGUCAAUUUUUUGUAUCAAACCACCUCCCCCUCCUCCAGCUCCACUUUCACCUGUUACAUCCCAAAAGUCUCCUACAAAUCUACCACAAAAUAUCAAUUUGGAAGAACCUUCUAAGCACAAGACAUUAGAACCUGCAAAAGAAGACUCCAAUGCUGCUGAAGGUCAAAGCACACUUGAUGUACCUGAUGAUGAUUUUGGAGAUUUUCAGACAGCUGGGUGAUGACAUGGACUGUGACAUGGCACUUGUACAUUCUCGAAUACUCUAAUCGUCUUCGGUUUUCAGUAGAUUCACGCUACAAAUUGCUUAGUUUUCACAAGAUAUCUUAUGUACUGUUGUUAACCUUUGUUGUGAAAUUAGCUUGAAGAGUUUCCAAUAAAGAGUGAUCCCAAAAUGAUGUGAUUUUACCAAA